UUCACACACUGAUCUUGUUCUGACACUUUCACUAGUCUGCCACUCGUUUGCCUGGGUUUGUCAAGGUUGGUUUUGUUUAAUUAUCGACAAAGAAGUUGGCUACCGGGUUUUUUGUGCCAGAUAAUUCAGUUGGCUAAAUCGUUGACUUUUGUGACUUUAAGGAAUUCUGAAGGACAUUAAGGCGUUUAGGGAACGCAGGAACAUGCUUUUCCAGUACUUUGGAAUUAUUGCGAUUCUAUUAUGUUUCACUUUAGUUUCGGAAUCUGGAACAGACAAAGUUCCGCUCCCUGCACCGAGCCACCUGUCAAUUAACUGGCGAGAUAAGUUCUGUCUGACGCUGUCAUGGCAGGCGCCUCAGGAAGACUUGGGCGAUUGCAAAGUGACCUAUGUUAUACAAAAUGACGAGUUAAAAAACUCUAUUAAACGACCAAAACGAGAGUAUAAAGUCUGCCAUUUCACCGAGAAGACGGUGAAGUACACUGUGCAGACCGAGCCCAUUGAAUGUGGAGACAGAAACCUGAGUGAACCUGUGACCCAAAUUAUCCCUCAACACACAGUUCUACAGCAUAUUAAGGACUUCAACUGUUACCUCUACUCGACAAAGGACAUGAACUGUUCCUGGCUGACAUCCAAUCAUGUUUCAGACCUCCAACUCUUCUAUAGGGGAGACAUGUCCAUGGAUGCCCAUUUAGCAGCAUGUACAGAGUAUAUGUACAGAAAUGGUGUGAAAACAGGAUGUCACCUACAUGACAAUCAAGAUUUUGUGUCACGAACUUUGAAUGACGUAUAUUUCUUGCUCAAUGGUACAUUCGAUGGCUCACCUUUUCAGAAUACCUUCAAGAGGACUCCCAGCAACCUUGUCAAGCCACCACCCCCCAAACUCAACAUAAAACAAGAGGGUAAAAAGCUUGUCCUUGAGUGGGAACCACCAGACAUAUUUGAGCCUCACUGCUGGGAGUACAGAUUGAAUUACAGCAAAUGUGGGGAGACUUCAUCUGUCACGAGUCAAACAAAUUCAGCCAGCAUAUCAUAUGACUCAGUGUGCCAGUACAAGAUCCAACUUGAGACUAUAUUUAAAUCCACGUGUGGGGAAGGCAGCAUCGUAAGAGGCCCUUUCGAAGUUUAUGGUCAGGAUAAUCAUAAAAUGAUAGUGGUGGCCAUCAUUGUUCCAAUCAUCAUCUUUGUUUCUGUCAUCAUUGCGCUUGUGUGUUUAAGGAGGCAUAAAACCAUUAUUUUCCCUGAAAUUCCCAAACCUCAGCUAAUAUUUAAGGACAUAAUGAAUAACAAUAAGGAGCCAAAGAACCCCAUAGAGAAGCUGUAUGUUCCAAUACCAGAGGAGGUGUAUAUUCCAGUGCCAGAGAACGUGAAAUGAAAUCCACCUAGAGGCCAACCCUCAACCUACCCAGCCAGACUAGGCACACAAACCUUACAUGUAUGGUUUGCUUGGUCUGAGAGAACAGUCAGACAUCAGACAAUGCCGGGAUUCUAAUUUGACAACUCAUCGUGAAAGGCAGCGUUCGAGGAUUGUGGUGAUGCCAGUCUCACUCAGCAAGGCAUUAAAUUAUGGCACUGAUCUGACAUGGUGACCACCAUGAAAUACUCAAUUACUGUGUUACAUCCUGGAAUAACCCAACCUCAGCGACGACGGGGAUACUUGUGGGAUCCACCUUAAAAGUAGGGAAUGAAAUUUAUUUAGUAAGUAUUACUAUUGCCGGAUAAUGCCGGUGUUCCUCUCAGGGCUUGUUGCUGUAGGAGAUGGCAGCUUUCAGACAACAACAAGUGUGCCGUAUUCUUGUGUGUAGAUCAUAUGAAGGGCUUGUUGAGAGUGAGGGUAGAAAUUGACCCAAUGGCUUCUCUCCCAGUGAAUGUGUGGAAGGUAAACGUACAACAGUGUCCAGCUGGUAACACAGUAUGAACCACUCAAGAAGGCUCAUGUUGCCAAUCUGAAGAACAACUAAGAGAUGAUUUUGGCAACAGAGACCCUGAAUGCUACUUCGCCUAUUUGGACAUUGUAACAGUCUCAACACUUGAUGACUACAACUCUUUCUUUGCUACUGCUGUCCUUUAUUUUGUACACUUUUUGUAUUAGUUGCCUGGUCCUGCGACUUAUAGUCAGGUGCGACUUAUAUCAAAAUAGAUAUAAUUUAACAUGCUUUUAAAUGUUAAUUCAUACUGACUGACUGAUACUCCGGGAGACUUGGGAUGUCUGUGUUAAUUUAGGCUAUUCAGCCUCCUAGGUAUGUUCUUUAGGCUAUUGUGUCAAAGGCGUAACCACGCAUUCUUUGGGGGGGGGGGGGGGUCUCCCCCAA